AUGAAGGUGAUAGAGAAGAUCCGGGAGGCGGCGGCAGCCGACAACGACGGCCGGGUGGUGUUCUCCUUCGAAUUCUUCCCGCCGAAGACGGAGGACGGCGUCGACAACCUGUUCGAUAGGAUGGAGCGGAUGGCCGCGCACAGCCCCACGUUCUGCGACAUCACGUGGGGCGCCGGCGGGUCCACGGCGGACCUGACGCUGGAGAUCGCCAACCGCAUGCAGAACAUGGUGUGCGUCGAGACCAUGAUGCACCUCACCUGCACCAACAUGCCCGUCGAGAAGAUCGACCACGCACUAGCCACCAUCAAAUCCAACGGCAUCCAGAACGUCCUCGCCCUCCGGGGGGACCCACCGCACGGCCAGGACAAGUUCGUGCAGGUCGAAGGAGGAUUCGCGUGCGCCCUUGACCUGGUUAAGCAUAUCCGUGCGCAGUACGAGGACUAUUUUGGGAUUACUGUUGCCGGUUAUCCAGAGGGACACCCUGAUGUUAUUCAGGAUGGAGUGGCACCACCAGAGGCAUAUCAGAAUGACCUUGCUUAUCUAAAGAGAAAGGUUGAUGCUGGAGCCGAUCUCAUUGUAACUCAACUCUUCUACGACACUGACAUCUUCCUAAAAUUUGUCAAUGACUGUCGUCAAAUUGGAAUCACCUGUCCCAUUGUACCUGGUAUCAUGCCCAUUAACAAUUACAAGGGUUUCCUCCGCAUGACAGGAUUCUGCAAAACUAAGAUUCCACCCGAGAUUAUGGCUGCCUUGGAACCAAUCAAGGACAAUGAAGAAGCUGUUAGGGCCUAUGGGAUUCACCUUGGAACAGAAAUGUGCAAGAAGAUUAUUGCUAGUGGGAUCAGAACUCUACAUCUGUACACUUUAAACAUGGAGAAAUCUGCACUGGCAAUAUUGAUGAACCUUGGACUGAUUGAGGAGUCCAAGAUUUCAAGAUCUUUGCCAUGGAGACGGCCAGCAAAUGUUUUCCGUGUUAAAGAAGAUGUUCGUCCCAUAUUUUGGGCUAAUCGUCCCAAAAGCUACAUCUCGAGAACUGUUGGUUGGGACCAGUACCCACAAGGUCGAUGGGGAGAUUCUCGAAAUGCAUCGUAUGGGGCACUCAGUGAUUAUCAGUUCAUGCGGCCACGCGCACGUGAUAAGAAACUUCGUGAGGAGUGGGCUGUCCCGUUGAAUAAUGUUGAAGAUAUUUAUGAGAAUUUUAUGAAGUUCUGCCUUGGGAAACUCAAAAGCAGCCCGUGGUCUGACCUAGAUGGGCUUCAGCCGGAGACCAAAAUCAUCAACGAACAGCUUGGCAACAUUAAUUUGAAAGGUUUUCUCACUAUCAACAGUCAACCAGCUGUUAAUGGAGCUCGGUCUGAUUCCCCAUCUGUUGGGUGGGGUGGGCCAGGAGGGUACGUGUACCAGAAGGCUUAUGUAGAGUUCUUCUGUUCUCCCGAGAAGCUAAAUGCUCUAGUUGAGAAGUGCAAAAACUUCUCGUAUCUAACCUACAUGGCCGUGGAUAAACAAGGAAGUUGGAUAUCAAAUGUGAAUAAGACUGAUGUGAAUGCUGUGACUUGGGGAGUUUUCCCGGCAAAGGAGAUUAUUCAACCAACUGUUGUUGAUCCCGAAAGCUUUCUCGUGUGGAAGGAUGAAGCUUUCGAGAUAUGGUCUAGGGGAUGGGCUAAGCUCUACUCUGAAACUGAUCCAUCCAGAAAAUUACUUGAGCAGGUGGAGAGCAGCUAUUAUUUGGUUAGCUUGGUUGACAAUGAUUACAUCCAUGGAGAUCUGUUUGCUGUUUUUAAGGACAUUUGA